AUGAUUGCCGCAGAUGCCUGCGUUAAUUCCCAGAGCUGGGAUGUUGACGAGGAUCUGGUGGAGAGCUUCCUCUGUGUACCAACAUUCCAGUUCAGUUCACACCUACAGUCCACUAUACUGCAAUCCAGUUUCGGCCUGGAGUACCGUGAGGCCUACGAACGAGAAGUCGCAAAUACCUCUCUGAUUGCAAGGGAAGCCCACAAAAAAACCAUAUAUCCCUAUCGUCUGAUCAGACCCGAUGGCAUCAGCGUUGAAACGCCAUCCCCUUGCCCCAACUACGUGGUGGUGUCUUACACAUGGGGUCGAUGGAAGCAUCGAGAUCGUGAUCUUGACACUACGGUUCCCGGUGGCUACUGGCAAAUUCCAGCAAACACUUUAUUCAGUCGACAGGAUCUUGACUUUGCCAUUCGAAAAAUUGCAGGCGAAGAAUAUGCGUGGGUGGAUGUCUUCUGUAUACCACAGCUGGAUUCGGACCCUCUACAUGGACAGGAGAUUGGCAGGCAAAGCGAGAUCUUCCGAUCCGCCACUCGUGCAGCUGUAUGGUUAUGUUCAGGCGGCGAUGAAGUUCUGGCCGAAAUCUGCUCUUGGGUUCCUGAAGGACCUACAAUGAUGGAUCCGGUCACCGUACCCUUUCCAAGCCUGUACGAGAUCAAGCACGGGACAGCGGAUUUGGAAGAGUUUCGCCGCAGAGCGAAACUUGUGGCAUCGCUGACGGAAGCCGUUCCCUGGACAACCUCGCUUUGGACGCUUCAGGAAGCUGCCCUGCGUUUGGAUGCUGUUUUCUACGACAAGAAGGGAGAGCCAAUCCGACACAGAGGGAGCAACAAUGCCCUUACAAUCAAUCACCUCGUUAAAACAUUGCAGUACGUCAACGACAGUCUGCGAAUAGCGUGCGGGCCGAAUUGGGAAGGGGGUGCUUGGAUGAGUGAAGAAAUCAAUACAAGUAUACUGGAACCUCCGGAGUCGUUACCUAUCACCGAAGCGGAUGUCAAGUUGUGGCUCGAAGCGAUCGAUGCAGUCACCCGAAUCAACCUCCACAAAUUAAACUCCAUGAAUGCCAGCGAGCUACUAUUGACUUCAACUCAUCGUACCUGCAAAAGGCCCCACGAUAGAGUCUAUGGAAUCAUGGGAGCGAUCGGCGUGACCAUUCCGGUCGAUUAUACCAUGGAUCCUGCAAAAGUGAUGGAACGCUUCAUUGUCGAGCUUCACAACACAUUACCAGCAGAGAUUCAGUCUUUCUUCCGCAGCCCAAACCGUUGUCCAAGCCAAAUGGCUUGGUUAGCCGACGAGAGUUGCUUCUCGCUUGGUCUUGUUCGUCAGGGCGACAGCCCAUCUCCUCGAGUGUUUGACAGCAUCAGUCCAUCGGGGUGUCUGGUCGUGAAAUACAUUCAUAUCAUCUCGAAGGCUGGACUCGAUGAUCUUGCAUCACGUUUCCUCGGUCAAAGGCUUGCCGCAGGAUUCGACGUGGUCGCUUUGUCAGAAACGAGCUGCGGUCUGGUACAGCCCAGAGGAAUGGGAUCAGGAAGAUCCGCGUACAUCUUGACUUGUGUUAUUCUACGGCUUCUCCAUUCCAGGAUGAAACUGGCUCUUGUACCCCUGGGAAGCAUUGUGGGGCUCGAUCGCCUGAUGUGGAAGUAUAUGUAUUUGUUAUUGGCUUCUGAUAUUAAAGUUGAGCAGCUCUCGCCUCUCCGGGAGCGAAGCUUCCGCAGAAUAGGUGUUAUUUUUUCGGGAGAAGAACUGCGGCUAGAUGAAGCAGCGAGUGGAGAGUUCUCCAUUCGCUAA